AUGAUCGGACGAAUCCACGAGGAUGUAUUCAACAUCGAUCGUUUAAUGAUUAACGGUGUAGAUUUAAGGCUGAAGCUAACACGGUCAAAGAACGAGUUUUGCCUGCUUUCAUCCUCUACUGGAGCUAAUUUCAAGAUAGUUAUUGAAGAUGCUAUUCUGUUCAUUCGUAAAGAAAAAGUUAGUCCAUCUGUAAUGCUUGGUCAUGCCGAAGCUCUGCGCAAAACCACAGCAAAGUACCCUAUCAAGAGAAUGGAUUUUAAGGUUAUCUCCGUUCCAAGAGGCGCUUUGAACACUUCUCAGGAUAACAUUUUCAACGGUCAGAUCCCUAAACGCAUUGUUGUUGCCAUGGUAGACAAUGAUGCUUACUCUGGGAACUAUAAAAAGAAUCCGUUCAACUUUAAAACUAAUGAUCUCAGUUUCCUGGGAGUUUAUGYUGACGGAGAACCAUUGUCCUCCAAACCACUUCAACCUAAGUUCGACCCUGCCAACGGCUUAGGAUUCAUUAUGGCCUACCAGUCUUUGUAUUCAGGAACAGGCUCUAUGUUUGAGGAUCACGGAAAUGACAUAGGGUAG